UAUUCACUGAAUUUUAUUUCGCUAAAACCAUGUGUGGAUUGUUUACUUUUAUUUUGUAUCCAUAAAAAAUACUUUGGAAAAAUGGAAAACAAUGUAGUGAAAUGUUUUGCGGUUAAUUAUAAGGCCAUAAUAAUAGAUGAAAUUGCGUUAGAAGGCUUAGAAGGUAUAGGAGUUGAUUUAUUAUGGAGACGAAUACAAAAACGUAUUUCUUCAGAUUUAACAGAGAAAAUGAAACUUCGUUAUUGGAGUUUUAUUUUGAAUUGUGGUAAAGUGUCUUUCUACCAAUUACCUGAACCCCUGCCUUAUCUGGAACUACUGGAUAGGUUCGAUAUUAUUGAUGAAGCUACUGGCCAUCUGAGAGAACCUGAUGUACUAAUAGACGGUCCAUAUGAAUACAAACCAAUAGAAGGUGAGUAUGGGUCCUGUAGAUACUAUGACACACGGAAAUUAAUACCUAUAGAAGACCUGAAGACAAAGGCUUAUGAAGCUGUAAUGUCCGAAUAUGGAGAUACACUGGUAAUUGUUGCAAAUAAAGAAGAGAGGUGGUAUGCUCUAGCUCCACAUCUCCCGACAAGCAAUCUUGCUCAGUUGUCUAGUAUACAUUAUUGUAUGCUGGAGCUGAUCGGCAGAUCUAGGGGUAAUGGUCAAUCAACAAUAGGCCUAACAAAUUUGAACAAAAUAGUCAAAGAUCCUAAAACACUGUUCUAUAAUAGGAAGUAUUUAGGAAACCUAGACUUGAUCAAGACAACUAUGGUCACUGAAACAAUAUCGGGGAAAGGAUUCAAAGCUCUGUUGGUUCGACUGAAGAGGUUUAGCCAACCGAGUGUACUAAGUAUGCCCAAAAGAGGCAUACUACAUAAUGUAGUAGAAUAUCUUUUACAACAACCAGACUUCAGCGAAAAAACUGAAGUCAUCGUGAAAAAAGGCCUCAUAUCCCAGAAACAGAACAGAAGAUUGCAGAAAACUGUGAAUAUUUUCAAUUUUGAAGAAAGAACUAUACAACCAGAUGAAAUAAACAAAUUAAAGACAAGUAUUAAAAGAAAGUUCAUCUACCUUUCAUCUCGAAAUGAUGAGUCUUCAGAUUCUGAAGAGGAGUCACAGGGGCCUCCAAUGAAGUGUCAAUACAAAAUUGGUGUGAGCCUUUUAAGGCAGGCUUAUGAAAGGUUCUUGGAUGCAGGCCUUGAAGGCCUCACACAGGUCCAAUUAGGCCAGCAACUCGGUGUGGAGUUCUACACCAGUAGAGGCAUCUGUAGGAUGUUCAGAGUCAAGAAUAUUGUCCGAGAGUAUCUCGAAGAUAAGGGAAAGCAAAGGACUGCUAGGUUCAUUGCUAGAGCUGCCACUGGAGAUAUGGACGUCCGAUAUUCAAAGGAGAAACAGAAAUUCCUGGAAUAUUUGAAAGAAUCACAAGUACCGAAGGAAGAUGUCGAGCCUUCUGGAGACGAGCUACCAGCUAAGAGAAUGAAACUGGAACCAAAACCUAGCAGCAGUACUGAUGUAACAAGCCAUAAUUCUGACGAGGAUGUCAUGCCAGACGUAGAUAUGACCCCAGAAAAAGUAAUCACAGAAGUAAAGGUCCUCGAUGGCUUUGAAAACACCAAAACCCUCGGAGCCUUCACUAGGAACCCAACCUUGAGACAGUUGACGUUCGCAAAUGGUGUGUUCAAAGUACUCAAGAAGAAACAAUGUGUCAGUGGCUACAUAUCACUCAGCAAUCUGACUGCCAAGGAAAUCAACGAACCUCCCAUGGACACGAAAGCCCUUAAAUCAUUUGUACAGAAACUAGUUACUGACGGACAUAUCAAAAUUUAUAAAAUUAAAUGGCCUGGCAUUCAGAAGUAUUCAGUCUUAAUUUGCGCCGCCCACGUCAAAGCCACAGAUCCCAUAAUAAAAGCCAAGUACAAAGAGAUUUGUAUGAGGGCAGUGACAAACAAAAGAGUGGCAGUUAAGAAAGAAAUACCAGAAAACGUUACUCCCUCUAUAACACAAUUUGCGAACCCACGGUACAUGAAAAUACAGAAGCUUCAUGAAUUUCUUACCAAAUUUGCAUAUUUUGAGCAUGUCAAACCAGAAUCGCAUUCUUUACCUGCUGGCUUCGUCAGCAUAGUUGAUUUCAUACAAGAAGUCACAAUAGGAUUCGCGAUCCAAAACAUGGGCAGUACGGCACUGGUGGAAAUGAACCAGCUGGUUAACCAGAGCCAGCUGGAAAUCAAAAUGAAAGAUGCUCCGCCACAUAUUUACAAAGCUCUGAUGAGAUCUUGCACGUUGCAAAAUGCGAUAAGAAUCAAUUUAAAAGUACUGGCAAUGCUAGGCCUUAUACAACUCGUUCGCCCGGCUAAUCAGACGACCAACAACAUGGGUGCCAUAACAUACACCAGCUUUCUGUUCUAUGUAAAUCGUAACGCCAAAAUAAUAGACACGACUGGCAUUUGGCCCAGGGUAGCAGAUGAAAAAGUCAAAGAAAAAUCUUAUUAUUUCGAAACAUUUGAAGAUGUGUCCAGGUAUUGGUUUGAUGUUUUUCAAAUAAGUGUUAAUACGAUUAUAGAGUUAGAAAACCGCAGCAGGAAGCAACUUCAGCCGCCGCAGCGGUAUGAGGACGAGGUGUUUGCGCAUGACAACGGCGCACGCUAUGGUGACGGCAAUGGACCAUGUGGAUUCGACUCCUGCUUCUACAUGGAAAUCCCUCGACUCUGGCAAACGUUCUACAUGCGGCCCAUGCAGCAUAACUCACCGAAAAAGGGGAAGAUUCAAAUAAAAAUCCCCAAACUAAAGAGAAAAAACAAAACAAAACGCGAAACUAAAAUGAAACCUAGUUCAAAAGUCGUGGUCGACAGAAUAACAAACGAGAAGUUAACUCGUAAACGAAAUGAUACUACAAUAAAAUGGUCGAAAACUGAAGAUCUGAUAAUAACUAUAUGUAAAGCUGCUAUAACAAUACUGAGUCCUAGUUCACAACCAGGCACUCUGAUUGUAAGGAACAUAGUUGCCAAAGAUAUACUAUCUAUAAAAGAUCCCAAAAAGACUAAAAGCGUAUGCCAUAGUAGAGCUUCAACACUAGAAACUAACUUGACGCUCAUUCACGAGAAGCACUGCAUUAUUAAUGAGCUUAAAAGAAGACGAAACCUAUUACUAAAAUAUGAAGGCCUCUUGAAGAAACUCAGGCUGAGAUACUCGACUAACAUGACAAAGUUUAUCAACAAGGCGCGCCUACCCAUGAUGGAAUUAGUUUGGGCUAUUUUACAAGUGAUGCAGUCUAAAUCGUACAUACAAAAAGUGCCAUGUGUGGCAUCGAAUUUGCAGGAUUUCAAUAAACAUUUCACGAUCAUAACAUCUACCGCCAAUAAAUUGUGCAACAUGUUCAAAGUGCCCGAACAUGUCACAUUGAAGGAAGCUGUAGUACUCACAAUAAUGCAAACAAUAGACUCGGAAAUCAGUAUGGAAUUGGGUAAAAAAAUAUAUAAAACUUUCGAGGAGUACCCCGAGGCUGCAGUGCGGUCCGCUGUAGAACAGCUACGCAAGUGCGGCGCCAUCGCAGCCAAAGAGAAAAUAUUUAACAAUCAAAUGCGCAAGCUUGAUUUGGAAGACAUUUGCCAGUCCUCGUAUAAGAUAUCCGCGUUCUAUCAACGUAAAUGGGUGAGUCGGUUGAACUCCGAAUUUAUGGAUAAUUUGAGUACUUUGUUGGAUGUAGAGCAGACGGAUAAUGAUGUUAAAGGGUCGGCGGAAUUAAAUUGUGUGUACUGUGAAAUGCAUGCGUACGACAUUAUAGACAUAGUGUCGACCAGUGCGCCUCUCAUCACGGACGCUGCAGGCGCGCCCAUUAUGCCUGAAGAAAUAAACGUACUAGUCAUCGACACUAAGUACCGAUUAAAAACGGGAACGUUGAGAUGGAAAAACAAAUCUAAUUUAGCUAAAAUUUCUGAACUGUACAGUCACAUAGAUCUUAACCACAGCGUGAAGUAUUUAUCCAGUUAUACAACAGUUGAUUCAAAGGAAAUUAAACAAAAUGUCGAUAAAAGAGAUCCAAUACUAAAGCGACUCGAUCAAGUGGGCGAAAAAGGAGCGCCAUUUGAUGAACUACAGAAACUUUCUGGUAUGGGCGAAAAAGAGUUCAUCGAAAAAUUGCAACAAAUGGAAAGCAAGAAAAUUUUGAAACGAGUUGGCUUCUACGAAAAUCUUUUAGUACUGCCUAAAUAUUUAGCACCGUGGACGAUAAAAGUAGGGGAGAAACACAUAAUAAUAACUCCUUGGUUGACUUUAACUGGUAAAGCAAAGCCAGAUAUAUUUUUCAAGUGGUGCGGUGUUAUUAUGAAUUUAAUAUUCGAAAGACCAGGUUGUUCAGUCUCCUAUUUAGCUGACAAAUGCGAAUAUUUAACGUACAGAUCAGCACAAGAUAUUUGUAUGUUCUUAGAAAAAUAUGAAUGUAUAAAACUAGCUAUGGUAAACCUCCAACCAGUAGAUUUAUUUUCUGACGAAGACUACGAUCCUGAGAUGACAGACUUCAAUCCCUAUGGAGCUCCGGAGAAAAUGAUAGCACAUCCUAUUAAAAAUUGUCUCACAAAAUAUUGUUAUAUUAAGAAAAAGGUAUUAGAUUCGGAAUCAAACGACGCUCUAAUGGAUAAGUUAUUUAAAUGUUAAUAUUUAACGGCUGUAAGCUUCGUCAAAUAUGUUAUUUGUUAUUAAUCUAUUUAAAUAAAAACAAUUAUUGCCUAA